AUGUCUGGCUUCGGCAACAUCCUGGGCUAUCUCUCCGGCUACGUCAACUUGCCCAAGUAUCUGGGCUUCUUUGGAAACACGCAGUUCAAGGUCCUCUGUGUCAUCGCAGUAUUGGCCAUGUCAAUCACGGUCGGCAUAUCCUGUGUCACCAUCAAGGAACGAGACCCUAGGCUCGAGGGAACCCCGCCACCCCAGAAAGGAGGUGUUUUGUCUUUCUUUGUCGAGCUCUAUCGUUCUAUGAAGCGUCUGCCUCCGCAAGUCAGAAAGGUUUGCGCCGUUCAGUUCUUUGCCUGGAUCGGCUGGUUUCCCUUCCUGUUCUACAUCACCACCUACAUUGGCGAGAUCUAUGUUGAGCCAUACUUCACUGAGAACCCGCAUAUGUCACCCAAGGAGAUUGACGCCACCUGGGAGCGUGCAACUCGUAUCGGCACCUUUGCGCUGUUGAUCUUUGCCUUCACCAACUUGGCUGCUGCAGUUGUUUUGCCCUUAUUGAUUGUUCCUGGUUUUGAGCCUCCGUCGCCCCAACCUCAUACUCCGCUUACUCCUCGUGCCUUUACUCCUACUACACCUCGCUCCAUGACCGGUAGCGAUUACUUCGCGUACACUCCACAACACUCUACGAGCAAGCUCAAUCUGGUUGAGCCCAACCGUUGGGAGCGAAUCAAGAGUCGUAUGCCAUCUGUACAGAUGAGUACCUUUACACUUCGCCGGGCUUGGAUCCUCUCGCACUUGUUAUUUGCCGGCGCUACAUUCUUGACCUUCUUCGUCCACGACACGACUACAGCUACCGUGCUCGUUGCUUUCAUUGGAAUCCCGUGGGCAUUGAGUAAUUGGGCUCCUUUUGCCCUCAUUGCUGCCGAGAUCUCCAAGCGAGAGGCCAUUCGUCGUAAUGAGAUACCUGCUCCAGCCACUGCUGAGGGUCAGGCUCUGGCCAACGGUGAUGACCCGUCUCAGGGUGCUGACCAGGCUGGAGUCAUUCUUGGUAUCCACAACGUCGCCAUCGCUGCACCACAAGUCAUUGCGACGCUCGUGUCGAGCGCCAUCUUCAAACUUUUGCAAAAGCCUCGUGGAACGCCUGGCGAUGACAGUGUUGCCUGGGUCUUGAGAUUUGGUGGCUUGGCUGCACUUGUCGCAGCUUACUUGACCACACGCAUUGCAGAAGAAGGCGAGGAGGAGGAACAAUUGUAG